CGGGAGUGGAGGCUGGUGGGGCGUGGCCCCAGGACAGUGUGUGUUCCUGGCUGCGCCCGGGUGUGUCGGUCUGGCCGCCAUGGGGCUGGAGCUUUACCUGGACUUGCUGUCCCAGCCCUGCCGCGCCGUCUACAUCUUUGCCAAGAAGAACCGCAUUCCCUUCGAGCUGCGCCGGGUGGACCUGCUCAAAGGCCAGCACCUCAGCGAUGCCUUUGCCCAGGUGAACCCCCUGAAGAAGGUGCCUGCUUUGAAGGAUGGAGACUUCACCUUGGCUGAGAGUGUGGCCAUCCUGCUCUACCUGACCCGGAAGUAUAAAGUCCCUGACCACUGGUACCCCCAAGAUGUACAGGCCUGCGCCCUUGUGGAUGAGUAUCUGGCAUGGCAGCACACGACCCUGCGGAGAAGCUGCCUCCGGACCCUGUGGCACAAGGUGAUGUUUCCUGUUUUCCUGGGUGAGCCAGUGUCUCCUGAGAUGCUGGCAGCCACGCUAGCCAAGUUGGAUGUGACCGUGCAGUUGCUUGAGGACAAGUUCCUCCAGAACAAGGCUUUUCUCAUCGGGCCCCACAUCUCACUGGCUGAUCUGGUAGCCAUCACAGAGCUGAUGCAUCCUGUGGGUGCUGGCUGCCAAAUCUUCGAAGGUCGACCCAAGCUGGCUGCAUGGCGCCAGCGUGUGGAGGCAGCAGUGGGAGAGGAUCUCUUCCAGGAGGCCCAUGAGGUCAUCAUGAAGGCCAGGGAGUCCCCACCUGCAGACCCCACUGUAAAGCAGAAGCUGAUGCCUGCGGUACUGGCCAUGAUUGGUUGAGCCAGGAAGCCCCGUCCCUGCACUUUGCCCUUGGCAGUUCACAAAGCACCUUCAUUUCCAAUGUCCCAUGGGAGACAGGCUCAGAGGGCUGUAGUGAUUUGCCCGAGUGCCCCUGUACCUAUGCUCCCCUGGUUGGACCCCUACACCCACACUAUCUUGCACAGCUGCCUAAAAGCCACAGUGAGAAUGGAUUGGCCAGAUCUCAUCUCCUUUAAUCACUGCAUUUCAUUUUCAGUUUGGGAAAUAAACCUGGGCUAAGCCUGA